AUGAAGGAUAUUUACAAGGACGAAGAACUUGACGUGCCUGACGAUGUUACGAUAACAAUUAAAUCACGUUUUGUUAAAGUAACGGGACCACGUGGCACCUUAACAAAAGACCUUCGUCAUAUCAAUUUGGAGUUACAACCAAUUAAAUCAAAAAAUGAGAAUAAAAUCAAACUUAUCGUUUGGCAUGGUUCUCGCAAACAUGUUGCUUGCUUACGUACAGUCAAAUCUCAUAUUCAAAAUAUGAUUAAAGGAGUCACCAAGGGAUUCGAAUACAAGAUGAGAUAUGUUUAUGCACAUUUUCCAAUUAAUGUUCAUAUAUUAGACGAUGGAGGUGAAGUUGAAAUUCGCAACUUCUUAGGGGAAAAAGUUAUUAGAAAGGUUAAGAUGUUGGAAGGAGUUAAAGUUGAAAUUUCCAAGAAUAUGAAAGAUGAAAUUAUCUUAACUGGUAAUGAUUUGGAAAAUGUCUCUCAAUCAGCUGCAAAUAUUCAACAGUCUACCACUGUAAAAAAUAAAGAUAUUCGAAAGUUUUUGGAUGGUAUCUAUGUUAGCGAACGUGGCUCGGUAGUUAAAGAUUAA